UAAUAUUAAUUUAUUUAUAUUUAAUAAAUAUAAAAGAUGUGUCAUUGUAGAUUAUAAUAAAUGCUAUCAAGGGGGAAGUCAAGAAAGGCCUCUGUAAAGAAGGAAGAGGCCUUCCCUAAAUAAGCCAAGAUCUAAGGGCUGACGUAGGUCGAGAGGGGAAAAAAAGCCUGCAGGUAGAUGGAUCAGCCUGUGUAAAGCCCUGAGGUGAGAAAGAACUUAGUUAAUACAAGAAACUGAAGAUAGGCCAGUGUAGGUAGAAGCUGAUCCCUCUACUGGGAAUGUCCUUAGUCUACUUUUCCUUGUUGUAAAAUCAUUCUAAUCCUAUUUUCAUCUUCACCUCCAAACCAGUUUCUUCUGGAAAUGUAAUUUGUAAGUCUAAUUAUGUCACAUUUCAUCCUCCUUUAUAUCAUAGUCACAUUUUCUGUUUCCUCUACCCAGUGGAGCUAUUUAAAGGUAGAGAUUGUCUUUAUGUUUUAUUUUUUCCCCCACCCUUAAAGGUAGAGGUGGUCUUUAAAUUCUUAGCAUCUGGAUCAGUGCCUGGCACACAGUAAACAUCCAUUGUUGGCUCAAAAGACAGAUUGAGAAUAGUCCUUCACCUGCAUGCCUCUUGACCAGAGUUUCUCAACCUCAGCACUGUUUGGAGUUGAAUAAUUCUUUUUUGUGCAUUGUAGGAUGUUUAGCAGUAUGCCUGGUCUCUACUCAUUGCCAGUAGCUCUCCCACUCCACCCCCAGUCCUGUCAGUGAAAAAUGUCCUGACAUUGCUGAAUGUCUCCUGGCAAGAAAAAUGGUUUCCUGUUGAGAACCACUGCUCUAGACUUAGAAUGAAAUGCACCUUGAAGGCUUACUCUGUUUGGUUCAUGUGGGCUGAAAGGCAGACUGCCACUCUCCGCCCCUACCUGAGUGCCGUGCGGGCCACGCUGCAGGCUGCCCUCUGCCUGGAGAAUUUCUCCUCCCAGGUUGUGGAACGACACAACAAGCCCGAGGUGGAAGUCAGGAGUAGCAAAGAGCUCCUAUUGCAACCUGUGACCAUCAGCAGGAAUGAGAAGGAAAAGGUUCUGAUUGAGGGCUCCAUCAACUCUGUCCGGGUCAGCAUUGCUGUGAAACAGGCUGAUGAGAUCGAGAAGAUUUUAUGCCAUAAGUUCAUGCGCUUCAUGAUGAUGCGAGCAGAGAACUUCUUUAUCCUUCGAAGGAAGCCAGUGGAGGGAUAUGACAUCAGUUUUCUGAUCACCAACUUCCACACAGAGCAGAUGUACAAACACAAGUUGGUGGACUUUGUGAUCCACUUCAUGGAAGAAAUCGACAAGGAAAUCAGUGAGAUGAAGCUGUCGGUCAAUGCUCGUGCACGCAUCGUGGCUGAGGAGUUCCUCAAGAAUUUUUAAACCAUCUGGCUGGAUCUUGAGGCCUUCCCCCUCAGACUCCCCCGUGUCUCUGCAAAGGCAUCCUGGAGUUACUCCCUAGAGCGGCGGCGGAGGCAGCAGCAGCAAGCAGCAGCAGCAGAGCGGGGGAGCUGGGUCGGGGUGGGCAUUAGAUGCGGGAGGUGGGUGGUGUGCUUGCUAGCUGGGCAACAAAGCAGCAGUGGACCUGCCCCAAGGCCACAGGUGCCUGGUCAGGCUGGCUUCUGAUGUUCAGUCCCCUGGGCUGGGACAGAUUUUUUUUAACGUCUUGAAACUUAAAUUCUGUGCUUGUAGGAGACUGAAACCUUUUUGUCUUUUUUUUUUUUUUUUUUUUUUUUAAACAAACAACCUCCACCUCCAGUGGCUGUGACUGGUCCCAGUGAUUGUACCAUAUUGGUCGCUGUGGGUCUGGGCGGGCCUGGAGCCAGAAGGCGACUAUUGUCUCCCUUUCCCAAUCACCCCCUCCCCAAGCCCCAGGUGGGGAGGGAGGGAGGGAGGGAAGGAGGAAGGUUUCAGACUCCAGUUCUUUUCCCUUGCUGUCUUAUUCCUGAGCCUCCUUGGUCCCAGUAGAAGUUGUGGGGACCCUCUGCCAGCUUUCUGAGCUCUACCUGAAAAUGGCCACCCAGCACUGGUUGAGGACAAGGGCUGAACUGGUGGCCACCAGCCAUGUCGAGGAGCUGGACCCUGAAAGCCAGGUACCUCUGGCCGUAGGGGCCACUUUGUGCCCUCCCAGUUGAGAGGGGCCACUGUUUCGCCUUGUCUGUCAGUGCAGUGCCUGUGCUAGAGGUGGAGAGGUGAGUCCUCCAGAGCUUCCUGAGCUGGGGCUUUCCUGCCUGCUCUGGCUCCUCUGCUCCCACGCUCGCUGUACCUUUUCUUAUUCUGGUGGAUCCCCCCUGCUCCCCUGAUUAAAGUCUCUUCUUGCCCCUUUGGGGCUGCAUGA